CGACUUCGGUUUUACAGAAUUCACAGCCUUCCAGGCCCCAUAUGCAUACAGUGUACACUACUAUCUAAAUACCCGUCACAUCCUCCCAAACCGCCCGUCCGACUUCUUCACGGCCUCGUACACAUGGAACGUCCGGACAUGCGUCGGCUCCGCGCGCGCGUACGACGGCGGCGCGCCAUUUUUGCUCCAUCCGACGGGCCCCGCGCGUUGGCUGCCCGCUGCGAUGCUGUUCAUCGACUUCAUGCGCGGGAGGACGCCUGCCGACGACCGCGGGGAGACGGACAGCGACGACUGGGAGGACAGCUCGUAGCGCGAGCUCAGCUCGCUCUGGUACUCGCGCAUGGCGUCCAGUGCAUCGCUCGCGACGGACCAAAUCGAGUCCCGCACGCUGGCCGUGUCGUUGACGGCUGUGAAUUCGGGCGGGGUUGGCAGCUGUGGUGGUGGGUUGAAGCGGUCGUGCAGGAAGCUGUCCGGGUCGCGUUGCGCUUCUUUUGCGGCGUCGCUCUGUGUACGUCCUUCGCCGAUCUCCGCAAUCUCCGCCGCGUAGUCAAUCAGUCCCGCCUUGCACGAAAGCAGCACCCGCUGGUGCUUGGACGCGUGGAUCUCCAACUCCUCAGGCGUCAUCGGGAUGAAUGUCGACGGCCAGAGGAUCAGCCCCGGGGAAUUGGCCAGCGCGUCGUCAGCGUCGUGCUCGUCCGCCACGGGGGCCAACGUCAAAUGCAUGGCCGUGACCUCCUUCACGCCACCGAAGGCGCGCACUAUCUUCUCGAGCACGAACUCGCUCGGCCGGAGGUGGAUACCGAACUUGACGUUGAUCAUGCUCUCGAAGAGGUCCUCGAGCUCUCGUGCGCCGGCGGCCUGGUCGUCCCAAACGCCGUCCAUGGGGACAUGCGAAAUGGUGUCCGUAUCGGAGCUCUCCUCGUCCAUACUGUAGAUGAUGCUGUCCCCGUCGUCGCCUUGUCGCCCCAUCACAUUCGCCAGGCUCAUGCGCGAGAACGCUGUCGAGGGAAUGUUUGUGUCCAGAUGCGGGGGGCGGGCGGUGAGGAUUGCCGGCUGGCCGUACGGGAAGAGGAUCUGGUCGUCGAUGAACUCGAGUCUUCCCCCGACACUCAGCACACGCCAGACUUGGUUCAGCACGAACUCCCAUCGCUCGUGCGGAAUGCACAGCGCCAGAUUAGCCAUCCGGACGAGCUGGAACGUGCCGUCGGGGAAGGGGAGGGCUUGUUUAAUACUGUCGAACGGUCACGUCCCUGCCUUUGCGCCAGAGGCCACAACGCUCUUGUCGUAUCAGCCAUGUCGAAACCGACGAUCUGUGUUCCGGCAGACCGCCAGGCGGCAGCUGCGUGGAGCAUCCAAUGCCCCGCGCCGCAUCCCAGAUCGAGCACCUGAUUUGGUGGUUGAUCCUGGUAGUUAUGGAAAGAGGGAGUGUUGCUGGGAUUGAUUCUUCGUAGGAGUUCACACGUUUGGCGGUCCCUGCGAUGAGAAGGCAGCGUCGUAGGCAUCCAGCGGAUACGAGCCGACCAUGGACACAAUGUGCGAAGGCGGAAACAUAGAUUCGGUGACCGACUCGGUGGGCGAUGUUGGCUCUACGGACGGCGACGUCGGUUCGAUGGCGAAGACCGGUUCCGGCGACGGACUGCGGACGACUACAGCCACCGGUGGCGGAGGGUCCCCCGUCUUCUUCCGGCCCAGCGCCACCCCGAAAAGCCCCGUCUUCCCGCCCGCCUCGUCUUUCUUCUUUCUGAAUCGAAUAGGCGCCGAGGAUUUCGGAUGAGCGCGGGUCCGGCCACCGGGGAACACGAAAGGCUCCGGUGUGCUCUGGUUGUUGCUACUCGACCGCGAGCUGCGGAUGCUGCCGCUGCCGCUCCCAGUCGAGCCAGAGGCGGGAACACUGCGGAUGCUGGCUGUGGGAGACACCGGUGGCGACCUGGACGGCGGCGGGGACGACGGCAUGCUUGGGACAACCGCAUUCGCCUUCUUACGGUUCAGGAAUUUGAAUCCGGGGGUGGAGGACGACGUGCGCAAGCGCGACCGCCCAGACGGAUACACAAAAACGGCGGACUGCGGGGUGCUUGGUGACACGGCAGGCCCGGGAUCUGACUUUCCGGAGUUGGAGGACCCUACUGAGUGAAACGACUGCAUGGCUGGACUGGGCCGGCGCGGCGGGCGGGAGAUUGCGUCGGAAGUUUGGGGGCCAUUGUGGGGAGCUGAAUGGAUAGAUAUUUUCAGGGACGGCGCUGGAGUUGAUUGCGGGGUUGGGUAGCUACGCGCUGAAUCCUGGCGAAGGCCCGUCAGACCGACAUGCCGGGGUAGAUGGCAAAAUGAGGUCCAAGCGCACAACGCACCUGCUGCAGGCGUGAGGGGAGGUGGAACCGGGACGUUUGUGCCGUAGUCGGCGUUACAGGCGGAGAAUGCGAGUAGUAGUAUGUCUGUCCUGUUCUCCAAAUGAAGGUGUUCGUGCGCUGGAGCGUUUCGGGGCGAAUGUUCAAGUGGUGGAAGCAGGGCAUGCGCAUCGGGCUCGCUAACAAAAUUUGACCGAUUAGAUUGCGCUUAUUUCGAUCGUCCGCCGGGGGCCGGUACUAUGCAUACGCGCUCGGGCUCACAUGGUACGAGAUACAUGCCGGAAAAGCUGGGCAUGUCGACCACUACAAAUACACCCGCGCGUGCAUAUGCACUUGGUCUAUCGGGACGCUGUGUGGCUUUGCGACCUGCGUCAGAAACCGCAGAAGCGAGGUGCGCCUGACGGAAAUGGGCGAGGAUCAGUGCUGAUCAGCUGUGCGCUCUUUCCGAUCUGGGGUCCUGGAGUUCCCAUUCUUCAGGUACAGCGGACGAACGGAUUGCGGGUUUUUCCUGAGUCGUUUCACGUGCAGAGGAGGGUUUCACAGGUGAGGGUCAAGUUUCAGCAGAGCAAGGACCGUCUACUCUCCGUUCGUACCUGACGUUUUCGGCUUCCUCCGAGCCCCUAUUCCGGGCCAAGCCCAGUAGUGCCAGGUCCCCAGGGAACGUUCCAUGGAGAAAGUCUCUGCGUGAGGAGAAGAACGGAAGCUUCCGAAGAUUGGGAUGCCUUCAUGCAUGUGAUUGCGGGACACGUAGCCGGACUGAACGAUAAGUAAAAGAGAAUGUAUUUUUGGGCUGGGAAUUUCAAGUUCUGAGACCCGAUGC